AUUGGAAACACUGUUGUUCAGAGAUUGUUUGAAAAGUGUGCAGAGGAUACAAAGACAUCUAUGUUGGUUCGUAUCGCACCCCACUUGGCUUCAAUCAGUGUUCAUAAGAAUGGUACCUGGGCUGCACAAAAGAUCAUCGACACAGCCAAGACACCUGCACAGAUCCGACUCAUUUCAGACCAGCUUAAACCAUACGUUCCUCCACUUCUUCUUGAUCAGUUUGGAAAUUACGCUGUCCAAUGCUGUCUUCGCCUUGGAGAAGGCGACAACCAAUUUAUAUUUGAUGCCAUUGUUGAAAAGCUUCUUCAUAUUGCCCAAGGAAGAUUUGGUGCCCGAGCGAUACGCGGUACACUAGAGAGCCAGUACGCAACAAUCGAACAGCAGAAAUAUGUUGCUUCGGUAUUCACACAAAAUGCCUAUGCACUGGCAACCAAUGCCAACGGUGUUCUUCUGCUGUCCUGGUUGAUCGAGGCAUCAAAGAUCGAGAAACGGAUGAGCAUGAUCGCGUCUCGCUUUGUUCCUCAUCUACAGAUGCUCUGUACACACAAGCUCGGGUCCCAGAUGAUUCUGAAGCUUAUCAACCAGAACCAGGAUACCGACGCACAAGAGAUGAUCCUCACCAGACUCUUGACAACUCCCGGACUGCUGACCGAGAUCAUCACAGACCAGACCAGAGGACUUGCGUUUAUCCAAAAGGCCAUUGCCAGUACUUUUAUACCA